AUGCCGCCAGUAUUUCACAUGGAUCCAUACGCUACUUGCCUUUUCCAGACAAAUGGGACCUAUUGCUUUACACAGUUCGUCUUAACAUCGGAUACGCAGAGUGAUCUCUUAGAUAUGAUAAAUGUGUAUGAAAGCAUCGUGAACUAUGUGUUUCUAAAUGGUACUCUAGUCGUUCAGUCGUUCUUUGUCAUCGCUGGACUUCUGCUUGCAUACAAGAUGGAAGAUUUGAAUGCCCAAGGGAAAGUCUCUUGGAAAUUAAUACCAAUGGGUGUACUACAAAUAUUUCUGAGAUUAAUACCAUCGUAUGGACUCGUAAUACUCUUCUCGGUAACCUGGUUCCGGCGUAUGGGAUCUGGACCUCUUUGGCAUUCGAAUGCCAUAUUAGAAGCAGAUUCGUGCAGCAAAUAUUGGUGGACGCACUUACUUUUCAUUAACAACUAUUUUGACUCGAGUUACUGCAUGGUGCAGAUGUGGUUCUUAGCAGCAUAUGUACAGUUAAUGGUGCUUGGGCUUUUUGUGUGCGUUCUAGCAAGGAAUAGAACGGCGAAGAUUUGGACCUUAUGUAUCGUCUUCAUAAUAGGAAUGAUAUUACCAGCUGCGCAUACGUUUUAUCAAAAUUUGGAAGCAGUUUUAUUGAUGACCCCUGAAUUUAUUUUCUCUUUCAAUGACUAUGAGACCUUCAAUCACGUCUAUAAAAGAGGCCACACAAAUGUACCUGCUUUUAUUUUGGGUAUUGCAUUAGGGUACUAUAUUUACCAUGGACAAAAAAAAAAGGUGAACACGCAAAAAUAUGAGAAAUAUCAAUUACUAUUCAAGUUGACAGUUCCCGUUGGACUGAUGAUGAUGUUUGUAGGACUUUUGUUCAAGGAAAGCGAAGAUAUAUCACCUUACACCAAAGCUGUAUAUGCUGGAUUAAUGAAACCCAUAUUUGGUUUCCUCCUUUGUUUGUUAAUUUUUUCAUCGGUUUUUAAAAUUGAACAUCUCUAUCGGCGUAUUCUGGAAUGGAACUUGUGGCGAAUACCAUCCAGAUUGUCUUAUAUCGCUUAUGUGAUACACAUUACUUUUAUUCGACUUGUGGCUGGUUUGGGAACAUCCCUUAAUACCGUUAAUUACUGGCUAAUGAUUGUAAACGCCUUCGGAGUCAUAGCUAGUGUGUAUAUUUUGACGAUUCCGUUUUGGCUGUUGAUAGAAGGACCAAUCAAUGAAGUAAUUAAUUUUGCAUUGAUCAAGGAAGGAAGGGUAAAGACUUCAAAACCUGAAGUCGAAACUAAUCAAGAAACUGCGUGA